AUCGCUUUACACCACAUUUCAGAUCUUAAUGGAUUAUUUCACAAGCCUCUGAAAUGAAUGGAAACGCCAACACAAGAUGAAGCCAGACUGUGUGGAGGGCUCGAUCCAGGCUCUCCUCUCAGACCUGUACCCCCCAUUUGAGUCCACUGCUCCCACUCUGCUGAGCCAGCUCUUCACCCUCAUCCAGGGUCGUUACUGCGGUGACGCCCUCCGCUGCCUCCUCCACUUCCUGGUCCCUGCCAAGCACAUCCUCGACUCUGUGCAGCAGGCCGCUUGUUCUCAGUACCCAGAGCGUCUGUUCCUUCACGAGGGCUGGCCGCUGUGCUUAAGAGACCGGGUCGUCAUCCACCUCUCCCCCAUAGACCCCCUGCACCUUUGUCCCGGAGACUUCUACCUCCAAGUGACGCCCUUCUGUGACCAAUCAGCUCGCAUCCUGGUCUGCAGUCGGCUGGAGGAGGCAGGGCUUGGACAGGAAGACAUUCUAAUUGAGGAAACGCCCAUCCCAGAGACUUCCUACCCUUGCAUAUUCACAGUUGAUUGGUUGACAGAGUUGAACCAGGAUCGCAAUGGAACACCUCUAAGUCACUGUUUACUUACCAACGAGCAGGGUGUGGUGAGACUACCAUGGGAAAGGGUAGCCGUACCUGAAUUUUUGAACAAUUCCCAAGAUCGGAAUAUUAUGGCCGCUGCGCCUUCCUCAUACCCACCUAUACCUCCUCCGCUACCUAAUUACCCUGAAACGAGCUCCUCAUCCAAGCAAUUCUCAAUUUCACAAUCAGCACAACAACCAGUAGCAAGCCCAAACUAUUCUGUGCAGACAAGGAUAUUGCCGGCGAAACACGGGAUAGCAGUUUCUUUGCGUUUGGUGGAUACUAGCAAAGCAUCUUUAGCAGCAAAUCAAGUUAGCAAAGAGAGCGAACAAGAAGCUAAACCGGUUGUGUGGGUAUCUCCGAGCACACGGGACAACCAGGAAAAAGAAGGAAAAACAAAAAAUAAUAUUAGCGCAGAGUCGGAUAUUGUUAUCAAUAGCAAAGAAACCGUUGACCAAAUUUCCACUACAGAAGGCGAGUACAUUGACAUAACGCAAGCAACCAUGCUGUUUGGAAAAGUUCACUUGUCGACUGAGCAAGAAGAGAAAAAACUAUUUAGCAACAUGCAGAAAUUACCGAUAACGCAACCACAACCAAUGGAUUCGUACAUGCAAACGGAAAGACAGCAGCUAACAACAUUCACCUCAGCCAAGUUACCUCCAAGACCUCACAUCCUUAGCCCGCCAGCGCUAAACAUGACACUAGCUAACCCGGUAGCAUCUCCAAAUUUAAACCACCGUUCCAGUUUGGAGUCGUUGGAUAUGUCACCAUGUUUCCGUGCCAUUCAAUUCCCAGAAAAAGCCGUGCACGGCCAUAGCAGGAGGGGGUCAGUGCGGUCGGAUGGUAGAAGCUCGUCCCUGUCCACGGCAGUAGUGGACACGUCGGAGAAGUGUGACGUGGUGAUCGUGGAUGGGCAGAAGAUUAGGAGGAAGGAGAACAGAGAGCCCAGUUCAGAUGUUCCUCAGCUCCACGUGGUCAAAUGUAAAAACACCACUGCAUUUGGACUGGUGUCACCCAAGAUUAUCCGCAGGAAGUUAACCGUGCCAGGUACAGGUUCCCUUGCUGUGGAAUCUGCCCAGUCAGGACCUAGCAGCAGUUUUCAUACAGAGGUCCAGUCCAAACCUCCUCCAGCCCUGGUGCAGCAGAGCUCACCCCUGCUGACCGCUCGACCCAGACCUGACCACCUCCCACUGGGGUCAACUGACACCAGAACCCCCCUGCUCCAGGGAGUCAUCGCUCUCACAGGAGGUAGAGACAAAAGUGGCAGAGGCAUCGUUGAACUGUACGGAGAUCACCCAGGCUGGAGAGGAGCAGUGACCAGUCAGGAGCUCUUCAAAGUACUGCUCUACUUCUACUCCAUCACCAGGAGAGAAAUUCGAGAAGUUGGUCUGACAGUCAUUUUUGAUGCGAGGAAAUCCAGUCCUCAACCGCAGCUGUACAAAGCCCUGAUGUCUCUGGAGGAGCUGUGUCCCCGCUCUGUGCACAGUCUGCUGCUGCUCAUCGACAAAGACAACAAACAGAGACCAGAGAGGUGUCCAGGCAUCCAGACUGAAAUCCUGACGAUGAAGAAUCUGUUGAAGCUGGUGGAGGGGGGACAGCUGAGCCUGCUCCUGAACGGGACUCUGCCUCCGGGCCGCUGUGACUGGAGCGCUCUGCAGCAGAAGCUGUUCCCGUUUGUGUGUGACCUCCACGAGGCUCUGGACCUGCUUCUCAGAGCCAUCAGCAAAUUGCAGGAGCCCAAAAGAACUGACUCUGUACAGAGUGUCCAGCAGUGCAUGGUGGACCAGCAAACUCUGAUGAGGGAUGUGCUCGAGGACAGCCGAUUGGUUAGUCUGCAGCGAGAGGGCGGGGCCAUGCUAGCGCGACUAAGGAAGGAGAGCGAGCUGAGAUACCCGCAGUGUGACGAGCUCAGUGAUGCGGUGGAUUCGGUGGGGAGCCUGUAUAACCAGCUGGAGGAGCAGGUCCAUGUUCUGGUGCAGAGGUCCAACUUGUCCCUGGACCAUCUACAGUACCUGCUGCAGCUGCGGGACAUGCAGGGACACCUCAGUCAGAUUCAGCAGUGGUUUGAUGAGGAGGGAGAGCGCCACCUGCUGGAGGUCCAGUCUGUGGAUGACUCUGGGGAGCACAUGGAGCAGAUACUCAACAGCUUCACUGGAUUUCUCAUAGAGGCUAAUGACAGGAGACACCACGCCAUGUCCCUGGUCUCUGAGGCGGAGCAGUUUCAACAGAGUGGGACAUCCUACCCCCAGACAGAGGCCUUCAGGGGGUUUGUAGAGCGCUUUAAGUCGGGCCUGGAGGACUUCCUGUGCAGAGCAGAGGCCUGUGGGAGAGAGCUGCAGAGCCUGGUGCACGUCUGUGACUUCUGUGAGCAGGCCACAGCCCUUGCCAGUGAAUGCAUGGACUACUUGGAACACAGUCAUUCCAGGACCCCCACCAAUCUGGACCAAACCCAGGACCAACCACCAGUCCCGGACGACGUCACUUCGUCCUCUGGAAACUUCCCCCCACCUCCUCCCCCGGCAGACCCCGAGCUCUGCACCCUGCACGGCCUCCUGGACAGGCUGGACCAGUUCAGCUCCGAGCGCUUCCAUGAGGUGAAGCUCCAGGCUGGGACUCUGCGGGCGUCCCGGGGCAUGCGGCUGUGGAACGUGGCCUGGCUGCGGUGUCAGGAGGCCCGGCAGCUGCUAGAGGAGCGGAUCCUGGAGAGGACUCAGGCACCAGAGAGUGGUCACUGUGAGCACCACUACAUAGAUGUGGUGAGCACAGAGGGGUCUCUGGUCAGUGCCGGAGGUCAGGGUCUGGUGGUGCAGUCCACACCUGGCCCAGGGCAUCCGCAGUGGGACAGGAUCGUGUCUGGAGCCCUGGAGCUGGGGGACAGGAGGUUCAUGGAGAGCUGUUAUGAGCGUGAGACAGUGAAGCCAGAGGAGAAAAAUGCAGAGAGGGCCGAUGUGCCUCCACAGUCUCCAAGAAGGUCGGUGAAAAAGUCAGAGCGUGAGUCCCGUCGGAGGCAGGCUGUGCGGGCCCGCAGUGAGAGGGAUGCUCUGGCCCUGUCACAGGCUCACACUGUGGGCUGUCAGUGGUUCCCCUGGAGCCGAGGACUGGGCCUGGGCCGGUCUGUGAGCCAGGACUCCUGCAGUGGAGCAUCCACCGGGGGCACCGCCUCCUCCCCGUCCUGUCGUAUCCUCCAGGAGGCGCAGAGGUACCAGCUGUCCAGACACGGGAGCUUCUGUUCAGAGGAGGAGCAGGGGAGCCGUGGAGGCUCUGGGCCUGAAGAGCUCAGUCUGCUCAUCAGCACCUACGAGCAGGGGCUGUGUUCAGCCGACAGCUCGAGCAACUCUGUUCGUCUGCAGCGCGUCCUGGAGGAGCUGUUGUACACUGAGCGAGAGUACAUGCGCUCGCUGGGAUACAUUCUGACUCACUACCUCCCCCUGCUGGACCAGCCCGACGUGCCCCAGGACCUGCGCGGGAAGAGGGCCAUUAUCUUUGGGAACCUGGAGAAGCUGUUUGACUUUCACAGCCACUAUUUCCUCCCUGAGCUGGAGGCCUGUCAGGGGGAGCCCGCACUGGUCGCACGCUGCUUUCUCCGACAUAGUCAGAGCUUUGGCCUGUACGCUCUCUACAGUAAGAACAAGCCCAAGUCUGAUGUACUGAUCCUCCACAGACGCCACGACAUCUUCAAGAAGAAGCAGCAGGAGCUGGGGGACCACAUGGACCUGUCGUCUUACCUCCUCAGGCCCAUCCAGAGGAUCAGUAAGUACAGUCUACUGCUGCAGGACAUGCUGUCUCUGGUGAGCUCGUCCUUGUAUGGGCCUGGGGUCUAUGUGCCUGAGUACACCCGUGCAGAGAGGGAGAGAGACAGAGCAGACAUCCAGGCUGCAGCUGACCUAGUCCGCUUCCAGAUGAGACACGGCAACGACCUUCUAACUAUGGACGCCAUCAGGGACUGUGAUGUGAACCUGAAGGAGCAGGGCCAGCUGAUCCGACAGGACGAGUUCACUGUGCUGUUCAGGAAGAAGAAGUGUGUGCGCCGCGUCUUCCUGUUUGAGGAGCUCAUCCUCUUCAGCAAAACCAAGAAGACCGAUGUGGGCAAUGACGUCUACGUCUACAAGCAGUCCUUUAAGACCAGUGACAUAGGCAUGACCCAUAACUCGUCCCUGAGCGGGUUGUGCUUUGAGAUCUGGUUCCGUCGGAGGAAGUCGGAGGACACAUACACGCUAAGAGCAGCUAGUGUGGAAGUAAAGAGGGCCUGGACCAUGGACCUGGAGAGAAUCCUGUGGAACCAGGCCAACCAUAGCAGAGAGAUGCGCUUACAGGAGAGAGUGUUCAUGGGAAUCGGACACAAGCCAUUUCUGGACAUCCAGCCGAGCGACACUGCCAUCUGUGACCGGGCGGUGAACUGCAGCCUGCCGGGAAGAAUCCCUGUGGCCUGUUGUUCACACAGGGGUCUAGUCCCGCGCCCAAACUCCAUCGGCUCCGGAAGCACUACCUCCACCACCCUCAGCCAGUCCUCCUCCUCAUCUGGUCGUGGAUCCCUCCCCUCUGCUGGUUACCAUGGAAACAUCUGUCCAGGGGUGGAGCCAGGGGUUGGGGGGCUGGGGUGCUCGUCACCUGAAGCUGUGGCAGAGAAUGAACUGAACAACCUCCACCUGCACCAGCACCUCCUGCACCGCUGUGAGAGCUGGAGACCACCGCUGCCCCUCUUGGACAGCACGGACUCCUCGGGGGACUGUGCUCCCAUCUUUAGCUCUGAUGUGAGCUGUCUGUCUGCUCUGGGGGCAGAGGUGGUCGACUCCCCCUCCUCCUUCCUCUCCCGCAGGGGCUCUCUGUGCAGAACCCCCAGCCUCAGGACCCCCAGCUCCCCUGCCCUGUCCAGGAGAGGGCCAGCACCAGUGCACAAGUCCCAGAGCCUACCCACUGUCCAGGGAGACAAAUCUGCCAUUGGGAAAUCCACUGAGGUCUAAAGACAAGCUGGCUUGAGAACUGUUUUGCUCCAGAGCUGUGUUGGAUUUCUGAAGAUAGACUGAAACUUCAAUUCACUUUUUAUUUAUUUAUUUAUUAUUACUUCAAUUCAUUUGUGUGCCAGUUACACAGUUU